AUGGGGAUCCUACUCCCACGCAACGACGUCCUCAGCGUCCACCCCCCUCCUCAGACCCAGCACCUGAGUGAGCACGGUUCGGAUUGGCUCUGGGCUGCUACAGCCCUUUUCGCAUUCAACACACUCGUCCUUUUUGCUCUCAAGUUCAAGGCCAGCCGCGGUGAACGCCUCUGGCAUUACAUCUGGAUCGUUACCAACCUCGUGGCUACCCUCGCAUACUUUGCCAUGGCGGCUAACCUCGCCUGGGAUGUGGUCAGCCAAAGGAACCAAGUCCGUUCUCACGGUCCUACCCGCCAGAUCUUCUGGGCCAAGUAUGUCCUCUGGGUUGUCUCUUUCCCUGCUGCCAUUCUCGCCCUCGGCAUCCUCUCCGGCGUCUCUUGGGCCACCAUCGUCUUCAACAUCUUCCUCUCUUGGAUUUGGGUCAUUGGCUAUCUCGUCGCCGCCUAUGUUCCUUCCAACUACAAGUGGGGCUUCUUUGCUUUCGCUGCUCUUGCCCACAUGUUCCUCGCUUUCGAGACCCUGUUCCGCGCCCGCCGCUCGGCCAACCGCGUCGGUAUCAACCGCGACUACAUGAUGCUCUCUGGCUGGACCAAUCUUCUCUGGCUCCUCUACCCCAUUGCCUGGGGUGUCUCUGACGGCGGCAACGUCAUUGGUGUCACCAAGAGCAUGAUCUUCUUUGGCAUCCUCGACGUCGUCUUUAUCACCACUCUCAGCUAUGCCUUUGUCUUCCUCAGCCGCCGCUGGGACUACAACCGCCUCAACAUUGCCUUCACUCAGUACGGUCGUGUCCCCAUUGCCGGUACUUACCCCGAGAAGCAUGCCGCCACCGGCCACCACUCCGGCGUGACUGCUCCUCACACUACUGCUCUUGCCGUCUAA